CUAGGGACACUCCGAGACCCGCAGGAGGGGUGUACGGAGCAGAUCGAGUCUCAGGGAACAAAGAGCCGGAGCUGGGGAGCAUCAGCACCAGGAUUCCCCGGGCAUCGCCUGCUCCGUGCACCCACAUACCCACACCCGCAGCGGGUUGACGAUGAGCACAGCACACCCAGGGAGCAGGAGCCGUCUCAGGGCUAAUUCCGGGUAACAAGAAGAGAAUGGAUCGGUGGGGGCGAGCUUAAGCACCGAUCGCCCGUGUACCCCCCUUCCUCCUCCCUCCCCGAACCCCAUGAGAGCCAGGCCGCCGUUGUGAGCUCCGCAAACAUGGCUGCUGUCAUCACCUACAGCCCACCGUGGUGGGUGAACCUCCUGCACCGACUCCCCCAUCUCAACCUGAAAUGGGAGACCCUCAGUGGGGACUUCAAACCUGAGGACCCCGAUUACCAGCAGUCUCUGAUGCUCCUGAGCUGUGUUGCACUCGCUUGCCUGGCUGUAGAUCUCCUCUUCCUGCUCUUCUAUUCCUUCUGGUUCUGCUGCCGUCAUCGGAAAACAGAAGAGAACACUAAUGCAGACUGUUGCUGUACUGCGUGGUGUGUGAUCAUUGCCACUCUGGUCUGCAGUGCUGGCAUCGCUGUGGGUUUCUAUGGCAACGGGGAGACCAGCGAUGGCAUCCACAGAGUGACAUAUUCGCUGAGACAUGUUAACCACACCGUGGCAGGAAUCCAAGAUCGGGUCUCAGAAACCACCAUAGCUCUAAACCAAACUGUGGAACCAAAUCUGAUAGAACUGGAAACCAUGUUUACAAAACACACAGAUUACGUUCUCAUCGUCCAGAAACUUCAGGUUCUUCUGUACACACUGGUCCAACAAACCUCUGAAAUCCCGUUCUGGAAGAACACCGACAUUUCAAUAGACGAUCUGGCUAAACAAGUGGAUCUAUUCGACUGGUACAGAUGGCUGGGUUACCUAGGUUUGCUCCUUUUUCAUGUUUUCAUUUGCCUCCUGGUGCUUUUUGGUCUUAUCCGGAACUCAAAGGCCAUUCUGGUGAGCGUAUGUUUUUUUGGAGUCAUGGCACUGAUCAUUAGUUGGGCAUCCAUGGGUGUGGAGCUUGCAGUGGCUGUGGGCUCCAGUGAUUUCUGCAUGGAUCCUGACACCUUUAUCACCAAAAUAGUGGAAGAAAAAUCUGUGUUGAAUCCAGAUAUUUUAAGCUACUAUCUCUCCUGUAACCCUGGAUCUGCAAAUCCUUUUCAGCAGCUGUUGUCAAGUGGCCAUAAAGCUCUGGUGGAGAUGCAGGAUGAAGUUCUGGACCUCCUGCGAUCAGCUGUUAAAGACUACCCCAAGUCUAUGGACAAACUUCUCAACAUUCAAGGAGUUCUGAACUCCACAGAGAUUAAUCUGCAGCGUCUCACAGCUCUGGUGGACUGCCGGGGAUUACACUUGGACUACGUCCAAUCGCUUACUGGUUUCUGCUAUGAUGGAGUGGAGGGGCUCAUAUACCUGGUCCUGUUCUCCUUUGUAACUGCCCUGAUGUUCAGCUCCAUUGUGUGCAGUGUGCCCCAUACCUGGCAGCAGAGGAGGGGCAGCUAUGACGAGGGGGAUGAGGAGGCCACCACUCCGGGGACACGACAGACUCAUGACAACCUGUACAGGGUGCACAUGCCCAGUUUAUACAGCUGUGGGAGCAGCUAUGGCAGUGAAACCAGCAUCCCCGCCGCUGCACACACAGUCAGCAACGCCCCUGUGACGGAGUACAUGAGUCAGAAUGCGAACUUCCAGAAUCCCCGCUGUGAGAACACCCCCCUCAUUGGACGUGAGUCACCUCCUCCUUCAUACACCUCCAGCAUGCGAGCAAAGUAUUUGGCCACUAGCCGCCCGGAAACAGACCCUGUGCACUAAGCGCAGGAUUCAACAGUCUUCGGAGAGAUCUCAACCUGCUGUGUUCCUAAAGUGUGGGUCAAUGCAUCCCUAAAUAAAUGUCGCCAUUCCUGGACCACCCCCAGCCUUUGAACCUUGCCUUCAAGCCCCCACCUCCUAUGUGCAAACCGCUUGGAAGUGUCAAACACAAGUGUCUUGGGAUAUCACAAAUCGUUCACCUCAACGUGGAAUUCAAGUUUUGUUUUACAUGCAGCAUUCUCAUUGCAGCGUUUUUAUCACCUGAAUUUGAUAUCAGGCCCUUCAAAUAGCUGUGGUUCAUUGCCAUAAAGUCACUUUAGUUUUAGUUUUGUUUUUUUAAUCUUUUUUUUUUUUUUUGUCUGCAUUUAUGAAAGGAAGUCAAUU